ACAAAUCAGAAAUCAAAGCAAGCUCAACCCACAUACCCACUUGCUAGACUCUUAUAAUAAGGCGCACGCAGGAGUCUAAAGGAAGACUUUUUUGGGGAAUAAUCUUUAUUGGAAUCAAUAAUGCAGGGUCCUGUUGUUAUAACAAUGGAGCACAUCACGGUAUGCGCAGACCGAACCAACUACCCGUGUCAAGAUAAUGUGGAUAAAUCCACCAAAAGAAGACGGACACAUGCAAAUGAUUGGAGAACACGGAUGAAUUUCUUGUUGCAGUAUUCUAAGUCUCCAGGUGAUCCCAUACGAAUGUACUGCUGUAAGAAAGACAGGACACCUCUAUUAAGGCCUUCCCCUGCAGAAGCAAGGUUGUGGUCUGAAUCUUUUGAUGCUCUCCUUGGUAACAAAUAUGCCAGGAUUGCUUUUCGAGCUUUUCUGAAGUUGGAGUUCUCCGAGGAGAAUAUGGACUUCUGGCUUGCUUCUGAAGACUACAGACAAACCAAGUCAUCCAGAAAGAGAUCAUCAAAGGCCAGGAAGAUUUAUAAUGAAUUCAUAGGUCCAGAUGCAUGUAGAGAGAUUAAUAUAGAUUUUCUGACAAAAGAGAUGAUCGCAAACAACCUGCAUUCAUCAAUCCCAUCCUGCUUUGAUGCAGCACAAAGGCGAGUGUAUAGCCUAAUGCUGAAUAAUGCAUACCCACGAUUCAUCCAGUCUGAGUUUUACCAAGGCCUCUGUAGAGAAACGGAAGACGAUGAGGCAGAUGUUCAGUGGUACCUGUGACUCGAUGGGACAUCUUUAGGAGGACAUCUUGGAGAGAGAAGUUUCCAGUAUCCAAUUGCUGAGGGAACUAAUGAUGGUGCCUAGAAAGUUUAGGGUGCCAAAAGGUUUCUUUGAGGAACCUGUCUACAUAUUUUGCCACGUAAGUGGUCUGUCCACAUAUUUAUGUAACCGAGGUAAGAUGGUAUCUCAGAAACUUGACUGUCUAUUGGUGCUAAGCAGAAAAUAACAAGUCUGCUUGAGUUGAAUGUAAAGAUGUACCAAGCUUACUGCUUUUCAGUUCUGCACAAGUACCCACAUUUGAUAACAGAAUUUAAAAGGGGGGUCAGUCAUAUUCUAAAUAUUUGCAAAACUAAGACUAUUUUUAAUACAAAAUACUUUUAUAAUAAUUAUUUUCUCAUGUAGAUUUUUAUUUUUUUUUUCUUAUCAAGAGUCAUACUGUUAUGUUCAAGACUGAAUCACUAAUUGACUCCAUCUCUGUUUUCUUUUGAUGACCUACUCAUAAGACUUGCAGUAAUAUUGAUUUUUGUUUUUACUCACAAGUUAAAUGAAACUUCGCUGAUAUGUAAUUUAAAUUUCAAUGUGGUGAACAGAGUUGUGGUGAUAAAAUAGCUAAUAAUAAAUAAAAAUUAGAUUAUUGAUCUACACA